AGGAGACACGGGCAGAUGAAAUGUGAGGUGGCGUCUGAAAAUGAGAUCCAUCUUCAGGACUUGAGGAAGACUCCAGCAGUUGCGUUCAAUAAAAGGAUUGAGCAUGGGCACAAAUCAUGGAGGCUUGCUGAAAACCUGACUUUCUGCCUAAAUCUGGAGUGUAAACUACACCUUGCAAUCAUGAUGAUGACUAUUAAAAAAGAAGUCAACUAUCCAGUUACUAACUGUAUAAAGGCAGGAAAAGGUGGCAAAUCCAAGCGUGGCAAAGGCAAAAGCAAAGGCUCCAAGAAGAAACCAAAGAAGUUGGUGAUUGACGUGGAUAUCCUCAGCCCAGCUGCCAUGCUGAAUGCCUACUACAUCGCCCACAAUGCUCCGGCCUGCUUGGAGUUUCGGGGCUUCCCCUGGCCUGGCUCACCCAAAAGGAAAGGGAAGAAAGGAAAGUAGGAACCUGAUGGCUGGAAGGAGAAAGACCAUGACGUACCAAGCUCCACCUGUCUGUUGUUGAAGAUAGAAACCAAGUUGAUAACUCAGGUCUCUUAAGUUUUGCCAUAAUCUCUGUGAAGGCCACUUGUUAAGUCAUUCUUGGUAUGGUUUUGAGCAUACAGAAGUAAAUGUUAAAACACAGUUUAAUGUUACCCUUGUCCUUUACCCUUCUAGGAAAUAAUAAUAAUAAUAAAAAAAAAGGUACCUGUA